GCUCUUCUGAGAUUUUGUCACAGCAACGCCGCGCACAACGCACAAUCAAAAUUUCUGUUGGUGUGUGGUUUCCCUAGAUUCGUCGGUCGCAUCGCAGACUGAAGCAUAGUUAUAUUAGACACUAUGAAGCUCGUUCAGAUCGCUUACCUCGUACUCCUUGCAGCUUCCAGUGUCACAGUUAGUAGUGCCAGUAUGGUGGUGACAGCACCUUUGGCCAAACCAACUCUACGCUGCGUAGACGAGUGCUCCACUCAACCGCAUUCGUGCCAGUCAGGGACGUCGCCUUACCAGAUAGGCCCUACGUGCUGGCAGUGCUUAUCAUUUGGGUCCCUGAGUGCUGGCUGAGUUGCAUCUACAUCGCAAAAAGUCAGUCGAACUUGAUAAUUCAGAUACAGACACGGCGGAUAAAAUGAGGC